AUGGCGCACAAAUAUUAUCUGAUCGAGGACAGAAGACUUGAAGUUCCUCCAGUUGACAUUGGCCAACUUAAGCCAUUCGAAGGAGAAGCUUCAGACAAAUCUAAACACGAGUAUUCGUCUAAGUAUGCAACCACCGUCACCAGACCCGACGUUGCUAAGGCGACCUCGCACCUGGCUCAAUCUCUGUCGAAUCCUUCACCUGACUAUUUGCAUAAGAUUAACUAA